AUGGCGCCCUCUAAGGAACUCGUCGCUGUCGGCGAGCAGUCUCUCGUCAAAAUUGACCCCGACCAGACCCUGAAAGCUUCCAAGGCUCUCAUCUCCCACAUCAAGAAGGCCUCGCAACAAAAGGCCACCGAGUCCAACAAACGCAACCUUCUCGAUGACGAGGAGGGCGAUGCGGACGCCGAGGACACGCCCAUCUGGCUCACCUUGACCACCAAGCGCCACGUCGUCGACAAGCCGCGCCUGCAACCUGGCAAGAUCACGCUCCCUCAUCCGUUGAACACCGACGAGUCGACCACCAUCUGCCUUAUCACGGCGGAUCCCCAGCGCGCGUACAAGGACAUUGUCGACAAUGAGGAGUUCCCCGAGGACUUGCGCAAGCGCAUCACAAGAGUCAUUGACUUCACCAAGCUCAAGGCCAAGUUCAGCCAGUACGAGGCCCAGAGGAAGCUCUACUCGGAGCACGACCUCUUCCUCGCCGAUGACCGCAUCAUCACCCGCAUUCCUAAGGUUCUCGGCAAGACGUUCUUCAAGAGCCAGCUGAAGCGCCCCAUCCCCGUCAUCCUGCAGCCCAAGGGUUCCAAGGUCGCCGGCAAGCGCAAGCGUCCUGGCAAGGAAGACGGUCAGGUCAAUGCCGCCUCGCCAACCUUGAUUGCCAAGGAGAUUACCCGCGCCAUUGGCUCGGCUCUUGUUAGCCUCUCGCCCGCGACGAACACUGCCGUGAAGAUCGGGUACUCGGGCAUGACCCCCGAGCAGAUUGCCGACAAUGUCGAUGCCGUCGCGACAGCUCUGGUGCAGAAGUGGGUGCCCCAGCAGUGGCGCAACGUUCGCAGCAUAUACAUCAAGGGCCCCGAGUCAGCGGCUCUGCCCAUCUGGAUGACGGACGAACUGUGGCUCAACGAGACCGACGUAGUCGUCAAUGGGCCUGAUGACCUCGAGGGCGCCACCGAGAAGGCGAACGUGGGCAAGAAGAGGAAGACACUGAAGGGAGAGACCGAGGAGCCCGUGGCAAAGAAGACCAAGAAGGCAAAGAAGGAGGUGGAGACGGAGGGCGACGACGACAAGCUAGACGUGCAGAUCGCAGAGCGCAAGUCAUCAUUAAGGAAGCAGAAGGCUGCCGCGAGGAAGUCGAUCGACUAG